AUGCAUAUGCAGGGGGCCUUUGUUGCUGCCGGGAAACCGCCUUUCAGGAUUCACUUAGUGCACGAGAAGCAGCCAAAAUUUUUGCACGGUGCUGGUGUGAGGUAUAGCGCUCGAUCAACUCGUUGGUAUCGUUGGAGUCUACGGUGCACGAGUUCUGAAUCGAGGACGACGAAUACUGCUGCACCUACCGAGAAACUGGGGUUCAUUGGCGGCACUGGGAACAUGGGGUCGUCCAUCAUCAAAGGACUCAUUGAAGUGCAAGCACUUAGCCCACAGCACAUCCUGUGUAGCGGUAGGGAUGCUCAGAAGCUGGAACGCUUCUCAAUUGAGACCGGUUGCACCGCGAUGACCGACCUUGCAACGCUCUGUGCCCAGUCGACGGCACUUUUUCUCUGUGUAAAGCCUGCUCAGUGUCAGGCAGUUCUGGAACGUAUGGUAGCCGAAGCCGGCGAGAGUCUGAACGGUAAGCGUCUGAUUUCGGUAGCAGCUGGGGUCCCGGUUUCGGCUCUGGAGCGACCACUGCGCGUUGAAGCCGUGGAACAGUGCCGGUGCCGGGUACUCCGCUGCAUGCCAAACGUGUUGGUUCGGCACGGCCUAGGUGCUAUGGCCGUAUCACGGGGAACGACUGCAACGGACGAGGAUGUUUCAUGGGCGCUGCAGUUGCUCGGGCGCCUGGGCCUGGUUGCCGAGCUCGAGGAGUCUCUCAUGGACGCCACGGUGGCUGCCGCUGGAAGCUCACCUGCAUUUGCGUUUAUCUUCAUGGAAGCGCUGACGGAUGCGGCGGUGAGAGAAGGUCUACCACGCCACAUCGCACGCAGUUUUGUGGCGCAGACGCUUUGUGGUGCCGCCCAGAUGGCUCUUCGGGAUUCAGAUGCUCACUUUGGAGAACUGCGUAACCGUGUCGAGUCACCGGGUGGCACCACAAUCGCUGGCUCAUGUGCAUUGGAGGAGAACGGAUUCCGCAAGGCCGUGAUUGCCGCAGCAGCCGCUGCAGCUGCCAAGUCUCGCGCGUUCGCGGACCGCUUCUCCGCGUGA